AAUAAUGUAAAUGUGUUAUUUAUAACGAAAAAUGACUAAUGUUGCUUAUGUUAACAAAUUCGCAUAAACAAAUCUGCAAAAUACAUCUAGACUUUAUUGUUUCGGUCGACAAAGUAUAAGCCAUUCGAUAAGUCGUAAAAAACCAUUGAAGCCGUCAGUAUAACUAUCAUAGAAAUUAUUUGACAAAAAUGAAAGUAAUCUAUGUAUUACACUUCUGUGCUAUUUUAAGUGUUUUGGCUGUUGAUACUCCAGGACCUUCUCAAGAACCUACUCAAAGACUUGUUUCGGCAAGUGUUGGCACUAAAGAAAUCGUUGACGAUAUAGACGAAAUGAAGCAGAUUGAAACUACAAAUAUACUCAUUACAAGACAUAUUGAAACAAACAGCAUUUGGGACAUAAUAAAACAUUUUGUUGGUCUAGGUGAAUUCUCGAUGGUUCAAUUGACUUUUAUGUUUGCACUACCUGAACAAGAUUUUGAUGACAACUGUAUUAUGCAGCAUUUUUUGGAGGCUAGACUGCAACGAAAAUUAUUCAAAGACAUAAACCUCACAUUCGAAGAGGUUAGAACUCAAGUUACUGGUUCAAAAACUAAGGAUUCUCUUGGACUUGAGCGAAGAGUCAUGUUGAUACCAGUUUUAGCAUCAUUAAUAAACGAUAUUAUACACAACCCAGCGAGCCACAGUACUUGUUUUAAAGACACAUGUCGAAUCAUAGGAUUGUUCUUUAGUACAACAUGGCCAUUAUCAUACACAAAAGAGGCUAUAGUUAUACGCGGCCAAAGGUGUUCGAUACGACAUGGAAAUAGAGGCUUGAAGAUAUACAAAUACUUUGGGUCUUUUAUACAUGCUAUGGAUAACGGAAACCCUUCGAAGAAGGGAAAUAGCAUAGAUCUUGAGUUAGCAGAAUUCCUAUAGUCUCAGGUUUAUUUUACUAAAUAAUACAUAAGUUACUUAAUAAAGUACUUCUGUUAUAUUAUUUAAAUAUUUUUUUGCGUGCCAUAUUUGUAUAAAAAUUGUCAAAUAAUGUAACCUACUGUAUAAUAAAAAGUU